GACUCGCAAAGAUUCCGAGUGGGCACGGAGCGUCGCGAGCGUCGCGAGAGCGUCGUCGCCAUGACGAAAUUCCGCGAAAAAGAGUCUACUUUUCUCGAGUCAAGAGUUAUCCCAUCUCUCUCCCUCUUUCUUCUCCAUUGUCUGUCAUUCUUCAUCUACUAGAGUUUACCAUCCUUUGUGUCUUUUCUCUAAUACGUGUAUAGAAAAUUCCGAAGGAAAAUGUCGACGGUUCAUGAGUCUUUUACAAUUUUUUUUUUUUUCCUAAAUGCUACGAUCCUACGAUUGGUCUUUCAUUCGAAUUAAUAUAAUAUAUAUAUAUAUACAUAUAUAAUAUAUAAUAUAUAUAUACGUAUACAUAUCAGGUGUUACGAAAUUUCAUCGAAAAUGACUGAAGAUAUUCGUGUCAGCGUUGCGUGCUUCCUGAUCAUCGCUUCGAUCGUCCUCUCCGAUGCAGGUCAAUUAAUGGCGAAAGAACAUCGAACUCAUGCUGCUUCCGAACGGCCAAACGAUUUAUGGUGUUAUCAGUGCGAUACCAUGGAUGAUGGGGAGUUAUGUUCCGAUCUUUCCUCUAAUCACAGUUCCUUUAUGCAGAAGUGUAAGGACGAUAAAAGAAUUUGCAUGGUGAAGCGAUUCUCUUAUACGACGAGUACAGAAAAUUCGACUUCCAGUCCUCAAAUGUGGUCAUUGGAAAGGAACUGCACGAGUAAAUGCGAGCCGGGUUGCAUCGUGAUCGGUGAAAGAACGAAGCUUUACGCUUGCACUGCCUGUUGUGAUAAAUCUUUCUGCAAUACCGGAACCGGAACUGCCAACGAUCUUACGAUGAAAGAAAUCAACUUCAUUUUAGCUCUUAUACUUCAAAUCGUUUUAACAAUUACCAUGUAUCCGUCGUGACAUUAUCGAUAAAUAUCAAAAAAGCAUUAAGUUUCA